AUGGGGAAGAUGCUAAUGGCUAAAUGUAGAACCCUGCAGGAGGAAAACGAGGAGAUUGGAAAUCAAGCUUCCGAGGGGAAGAUACAUGAAUUAGCAUUGAAACUUGCACUGCAGAAGUCCCAGAAUUCACAACUUAGAAGUCAAUUUGAAGGCUUGCAGAAGCACAUGGAAGGACUGACAAAUGAUGUGGAAAGAUCCAAUGAAACGGUUCUCAUGUUACAAGAUAAACUUGAAGAGAAGGAUCGGGAAAUCCAAAGAUUAAAACAAGAGCUUCAACAGAAAAACUUGGAGGAUUCAAAGUCAGAUGCAACGUUUACCAGAAAUGACAACAAUGAGAUGAUAGCUGGGGAGGCGGCUGCUAGCUAA